AUGACUCUUCAGGACAACAAGGAAGUCAUUUCCAAAGGAGUAAAAGAAUUUAAUAAUCUGCUGGAUCAGCAGGUAUUUUCUGAUCCUCCUAUCCCUGAAGAAGCCAUGGUGACUGUAGUAGAUGACUGGGUGAACUUUUAUAUUAACUAUUACAAGAAGCAUCUGACUGGGGAGCAGCAAGAGCAGGACAAAGCUCUAAAGGAAUUUCGGCAAGAGCUGAUUACUCUGUCUGCCCCUUUUCUAGAAAAAUAUAGGACCUACCUGAAGUCCUUAUGA